AUGCCGAAUGCUCCCCCUCGUGCGCCUCUGUUUCUAGAGGGCACUCCGUCCGUAGCGGGGACGCCUCAUCGGAAUGCGGUCGCGCAGAGAGCCAUGGGGAUGAGUACUCCAAGAAGGCAGAAAACGCCUCUUUUCGCUCCCGGGACUUCAUCCCCUCUCCCAUUCCCGAGCUCCUCCCCAGUGAAGCGAACUCCUGCGCGGGCACGAAGACUGGACUCCGACGUUCCUGGCUCACGCGAUUCGGAGCCUCUCGCCUUCCCUUCGACUCCGGCUUCUGCUGCAGCGACACCCAAGAAUCGCCGUGGCGACAUCCACUCCUCCUUCAGCUUCACCCCGAGCUCCCGCCGUUCCCGUGCGCCACGCGAAAGAAGACCUGCCCAUGACGAUUUACGGUCCGACGCGUCUCACCUCUCACUUCCCGCUUCAUCCAAUCUCAACCUCUCUAUUCCUGCUGUUCCUUCCGACGACGAAGAUGACAACGGCGAGAUAAAGGCUAUCUGGGGUACGAAUGUCAACGUCGCGGAGACGAUUCGAGUUUUCCGUGGGUUCCUGCGUGGGUUCAAGGUCAAAUAUCGCAUUGCCUACGACCGCGAACGCGGAAUCCGAACGCAGGGAGAAGUGCUCCUGUACGAGGGGUACCUUCGUCGCAUGCGCCAAACCGACCAGAAUAUCCUCAACCUCGACAUAGACAACUUGCAUCUGCUGUUGAUCAAGUACCCCCAAGAAGUCGUGCCAAUGAUGGAUCAAGUUCUCAAGGACCUGAUGCUUGAGAUGGCAGAGGAUGAUCACGAGGCGGGUAUGGAAGGGAUGCGCGGGAGUGCAGGAGAGGAGGAGAUUACGAAUAUAUACAACAGGGUUUACAACGUUCGUCCUUUCGGUGUUCCCCCGGUCAACAUGCGCGACUUAAACCCAGCGGUACAUACCGACAAACUCGUUUGUAUCAAAGGUCUUGUUAUCCGCGCAACCCCCGUCAUUCCAGACAUGAAGGUUGCCUUCUUCCGCUGCCUCGCAUGCAACCAUACCGUGCAGGUCGAGAUCGAGCGCGGCAAGAUCGACGAGCCAAGGCGCUGUCCACGCGACGUCUGCGGCACCCUCGGUUCCAUGUCCCUCGUCCACAAUCGCUGCGACUUCGCCGAUCGUCAGGUCAUCCGAUUGCAAGAAACUCCCGAUGCUGUCCCUGACGGCCAAACUCCCCAUACAGUCUCCCUCAGCGUGUACGAUGAGCUCGUGGACGUCUCCAAGCCCGGCGACCGCCUCGUCGUCACUGGUAUCUUCCGCAGCAUGGCAGUACGCGUCAACCCGCGCCAAAGGACUCUCAAAAGCCUCUUCCGGACCUUCAUCGACGUCGUACAUGUCCGUCUUGGCGCUGAAGAUAGACUAGGCUUCGACCGGAGCACGCGUCAAGCCGGUGGUGACCGCAUUCCUGGCGUUGGGGGCGUCGCAGGUGGGAUCGACAUGGACGACGACAACGAGAACGCGGUCGAGCGGCAGCAGCGAGCGUCGAAGCGAGAGGAGAUGGAGACCAGAUUACGUCUGCUCAGCCAGAGGGAAGACAUCUACGAGCUGCUCGCGCGCUCGCUCGCCCCUUCUAUCUACGCUCUUGAAGACGUCAAGAAGGGCAUUCUCUUGCAGCUGUUCGGUGGUACGAAUAAGAGCAUUGCACGCGACAUCAACGUGCUGCUGGUCGGUGACCCUGGUGUCGCUAAAUCUCAGAUCCUUGGUUAUGUCCACAAGAUCGCCCCUCGAGGAGUCUACACUUCCGGGAAGGGUUCUUCCGCCGUCGGUCUCACCGCCUACGUCACGCGUGAUCCUGAUUCGAAGCAGCUUGUCCUUGAGAGUGGUGCUUUGGUGCUCAGUGACGGGGGUGUCUGUUGUAUCGAUGAAUUCGACAAGAUGUCAGACGCGACUCGUAGUGUGCUCCACGAAGUGAUGGAACAACAAACCGUCUCUAUCGCCAAAGCAGGCAUUAUCACAACCUUGAAUGCUCGUACUUCUAUCCUCGCCGCUGCGAACCCUAUCGGCUCCAAGUACAACCCCAAGCAGACAGUGACACAGAACAUCGAUCUUCCGCCCACCCUCAUCUCUCGUUUCGACCUCCUCUACCUGGUUCUCGACGACGCAGACGAGGCGCUUGAUCGCCGGCUCGCACAGCAUCUCGUUUCGCUGUAUCUCGAAGAUGCUCCAGAGACCACCCGUGGAGUGGAGCUCCUGCCUCUCGAGGAGCUCUCCGCCUACAUCUCCUACGCCCGCUCGCGCAUCACCCCUACUAUCACCGAGCCCGCAGGGGACGAGCUCGUCCGUUGCUACGUCACGCUCCGCAAGGCAGGCGAGGACCCGCGCUCGAGCGAGAAGCGGAUCACCGCGACGACGCGGCAACUCGAGAGCAUGAUCCGCCUCUCAGAGGCGCACGCGCGCAUGCGUUUCUCGCCGUUCGUCGAGCUCGACGACGUCAAGGAGGCGUUCCGACUCAUGCGCGAGGCGAUCAACACCUCCGCACGCGACCCGACCACGGGUGAAAUCGACAUGGGCCUGCUCGACACCGGCAUCGGCCGCCAGCAGCGCAAGAUGCGUGGUGACCUCCGCCGCGCCGUGCUCGCUCUCCUCGCUGCUGGUGCCGGCGCCGCGCGUGGCGUGCGCUGGGCGGAGGCGCUUGCGCAACUCGAGGCGCAGAGUAGCGUCAAGGUCCCGCCCUCGGACUUCCAGGAGGUCAUCAGAGAGCUCGAGCAGGAGGGGCUGGUGAAGGUCACGGGUGAGCGCGACCGGCGGAUGAUCCUUCGGGUGGACGGCGUAUAA